CUAUGUAUUAUACGUUAACCGGGCGCAUAAAGCAGUAUGCAGACUUCUUUCAUCCUGUCUACCUGGGGAGCUGGGUAGGUAGCUGGCAAUCUAGAAAAUACAAUAGUAGGAUGGCUGAUUACCGAAUCCGGAUGCAUUCAAUGGAACAUAAACGCGUUUCCAUCGGCCCCACCAAGCCGGUCGGCGCGGUUUUCCGCGAUCGAGUUUACAUGACCGGCGCCUUCCUUGUUGUUCGACAUCACAAUCUACCUCGCGUUCAACUGGAUAGGAAGCGAAAAUCCCGCCGUUUAGGCAGCAGCUGACUGCUUCUUUUGCUUGCGACAUUAUGGGCAAAUUGAGGAAGUUUGCUUGACUAAAACAGCCGAUUUAGCCCACCUUUCGGAAGUCGCACUGCGCCCGAGCGGCCCGACUAACUCUCCUUCGCCGACUACUUGAUGGCAGACCUGGACGAGCCGCCCAAGAAAAGGGCGCUACCCUUUAAGCGCACCGUUGCACGGAAGCAACAGUCAAGUGCGGAGCCAGAAAAAGCAGAGGACGAGAAUGACCUUGAUCUUUUCAGACAUUCGAAGGAGGUGUUCCCCGAAAUCCUCCGGGAAGCACAGGAAGAGGACGAGCGGCAGCAUGAUCGCAAGCGAAGGAAGACCUCUGAGGACACUCCUCGAACAAACAGGAAGCAUUCAUCAGGAUCCUCAGAUGACCUUUCCUACGGAAACAAACGAUCAAUCUCGGUGGACGGAUCGGAUGACGAUCUAAUCAUGGACAUAAAGGGGAAAGGCAAGGAAAUCAGUAGAGCUAGAACAGUGUCGGUACCAAGGAAGACCGUCUCAAGGAAAGCCACUCCAAGAACGCCUGGCCCAAAUGGAAACAUCACUGGAACAUGCGGUUCGAAUCAACCGGACGGCUCACCAGCAUUUCCAGUCACUAUACCUGAUGACAACGACGACGACGAUGUCAUCCCGUUAGGAUCUCUUAACCGUCAGUAUGCGCAGGAUGAUGACGGCUCGUCUGUGGUGCUAGUUGACAACAGCAACGACCCCGAGGCGGGCGAAGUCCAACAAACCGUCGAACAAGACGAAUUCAGCGAAUGGGUUGCGAAAGCGCGCGAACUCCAAGCACGCCAAAGCCAUGACGCCAUCGUCAAAGUCUUCUUGGAGUCACGCGUGCCGGGAGCCGACAAACCUAUGCUCGUAAAGCGCAGGCUGAACCAGACCUGUCAGCUUAUUUUGGACGUAUGGGUCGCGACCGCAACACGAGAAGGCAUCGAGAUCCCCGAUGACCUGGCAAGCAGUUUGUUCCUCGCGUGGAAGGGCAACAAAAUAUACGGUCAUAGCACGCUCUCUUCGCUCGGUGUUGAGGUCGACGAGAGGGGAAACCUAAAACACAGUCAAGGUGAUGGAUAUUCCCGGGGCGGCAUCCAGCUUGAGAUCUGGAGUGAACAAGGAUAUGCUGAAUAUCUGAAGCAUAGAGGUAAAGAAAGGGCUGUGUUGGGUGCGGACGAUGGAGACCUCUCAGGGUCCGAAGGGGAGGAGGAGCCGCUACCACCGCCGCCGAAGAAAAAGGGCAUUAAGAUCGUGCUCAAGGCGAAGGAACAUGAGCCGCUGAAGCUGUCGACGAGGGAUGAGACGACUGUCGAGAUGCUUAUCGAGGCCUUCCGGGCCCAGCGCAACGUUGGACCGGAGUGGGAUGUUGCCAUACACUUCGACGGCGAAAGGUUGGUUGAGGAUGCUCUGGUUAUGGAUAUCGACGUUGAUCCGGACGACGUUAACCAGCUGGAGGUGCACAUCAAGAAGGCUGGCCGUUAAGCCGAUCAUGUAUCGAUGAUUCAAGGAGUACUGGAAAGGUUUCAGGCUAUGAUACCCAAGGAUUUACCGCAUGGAAAGGACUGCGCUUGAUUUUAAUCGAAACUUAUCAGCCACAUAUUGUUUACUGCAAGCAGGAUACCUGGGUAUGUCGAUGACUCUUGUCUAUGACACGAGACCUAAACCAGAAAAUCGGUAACUCCUGAACGCCGACCCCGGUCCCAAUGUCCCUUCUUGAUGAGUUCCCCGCCAUUACAGCCUAAAACCUCUCCUUCAUCCUCGAGG